AUGAGGCUUUCGAUUUUCUUCGCUAUUUUGAGACUUCUGCUGACUCAAGAUCCACAAUGUCCUAACCAUUACCAAUAUCCCGCCGAUCUCGACAUUUGUCUCAAUGAAUGGACAGCAAAAACAACCUGGUCGUACGCACUCUCAACUUGUCGUGAUGACGGAGGCGAAUUUAUCUCGAUUCACAACGCCUUCGAGAACGCCGUUUGGGCCAACAUUCAACAACGUAAUCGAAGAUUUUCUCUA